GAUUACGACUUAGAAAAAGAUAAGAAGUAUAAAAAGAAAAUUGUGUUUCACUAAGAAUUUAAAGUUAAUCAGUUGCAGGUUGAUUCGAACUUUUACAACUAUAAGGCAUCAGUUUACUGCGUAAAAAUAAUUAUUUUUUUCAGACUCCUGAAAACAGUCUAAAAUGAGCAAAAAAGAAGCUCCGGUUUAUGCAACUUCAAGUACGAUGUGUUCAUUUUCAGAAGAUCGUAAAGACCGUAACCCAUCAACUGUCUUAAAAGGAAUAAGAAUUGUCGUGGGAUUAGAAAACAGUAAAUUACCAUCUGAAGAACCUUCUAUGCUUCGUAAUUAUUUAAACAAAGAAUGUUACCAAUGUAGUGAAACACUUACAUUCAUUGGUAAUCGACGUCACUGCCGAGUUUGUGGAGAAAUAUUUUGUCCAAAUUGUUGUUGCUAUGACAUGCCUGGAAUGUUUAUGAACCGAAUAGGUCAUUUGAGAGUAUGUUCCUAUUGUUGUAAAACAAUGCUUAACUAUUUACAAUUAUCUUCUGACAUAAAAAAUAACCUUUCUAUUGGAUUGAAAGUUCUUAAAGAAAAUCUUGAAAAGCAUUAUGGAUAAUUAUAAUUUGAUUUAUAAAUAAAUAUUUUAUAUGCCGGUGAUUCUCCCGAAAUACUCCUUUUUGUGAGUUGUAAACGGAAAGAAAAUAAAUUAGUAUUUUUGGAUUAA